AUGGACCUCCGUUUUUUAAUAACCUUGUCCAUCUUGGGCACAAUCGUUUCUACGACAGAGUGCCUGAGAAAAGAGCAAGAAUGGCGACGUGACAAAAUAUGCGGCCCAACUUCGCCACACCUAAGAGGAAAUCCUUUAUUGGUGGAAACACAAAGCGGUAAAAUUCAAGGAGUCCAAUCAGUAUCUCGUGGUGGGAAAGAAUUUAUAAAAUUUCUCGGAAUUCCGUUCGCACAGCCGCCCGUGGGCAAGCUAAGAUUUGAGUCUCCGAAACCCUUCGGAAAAUGGGACGGUGUCCUUAACGCUACAGAAUAUCGGCGACCUUGCGCUUACUUUGAUUUUUUUAAUAAGAUGCAAAACGGAGUGGAAGAUUGUCUGUAUUUGAACGUCUUGACGCCUCUGAACCGAAGCGACGAUCAACUCCUCCCCGUCCUGGUUUACAUUCACGGUUUAUCAUUUUUUUUCGCGGGUUCCCUAGUGUACGAAGGAGAUUACAAAAUGGAUCACAAAAUCGUAAUUGUCACCAUGGAUUACAGACUGGGACCUUUAGGAUUUCUAAACACGAACGAUGGCUUGAUCCGAGGAAACAUGGGGUUGAAAGAUCAGAACCUGGCGCUUCACUGGGUACAGAAAAACAUUCGACAAUUCGGCGGUGAUCCUGACCUGGUGACGCUUAGUGGCACGAGCGUGGGUGCCAUCAGUGUGAAUCAUCACCUCUUUUCCCCAAGGUCUAAAGGAUUAUUUUCCAAAGCCAUCAUGAUGAGUGGUAGCAAUCUGACACCAAACGGAAUUAUGCGCUCACCUAAACAAACUGCAGAUAACUUCAUUGCCAAAGUGAAUUGCACUGUCGGAUCGCGCAAAGACGAGGUGGCUUGUCUAAAUAACCUGAACACAUCCCAGAUUUUGAAUGGGUAUAGGGAUAUGAUUGUGAGACAGAAAUCCGGGUAUUACACUCUAAAAAAUAAUUAACCUUUUUUAAGAAUUAAAUUCAGUCUCAAUUCUAUUUUAAGUAAAUUAAACUAAAUCCAAUGUUAACUUUGCUAGUUAUCAGGUUAUUGAACGUUACAAGGAAUUUAGUAUAGUGUAAUCUAUAUUAUAAGCGAGAAUGUCUGUUGGCAACGGAAGUGAAAGUAAAUUUGUCUGUGA